AAAAAUCAAGAUGAACCAUGGCUGAUGAUAGUCUCUGAUUAUCGUUGUGGUUUGCUUAUCAUUUGACUUCCCCUCUUUAAUCUUAUCCACCUGCAACUCCAAAACCCAAGCUUUGGCCAUGAACUGAGCCCACCUCACCCCAACAAACCAACCCUUUGAAGCUUUUCGCUCAAAAAUGGCGGCAGCAGCAGCAGCCGCAGCGAGAAUAAACUUCUUCUUAAACCCCAUAAACCCCCUCAACUCCAAAGCCACCACCCAUCUCAGGACCCGCCUCCACUUUCAGCCAUCAAGAAGAAGACCCAGAGCUACGUCGUUUUGCACGCGUGCCUCCGCUACUCCCGUCCACGAUGAAGCCGCCGCCAGUGACCCUUUUGUCCUCACCACUCCGCUUUAUUACGUGAAUGCCCCUCCCCAUUUGGGCAGCGCUUACACCACCAUCGCUGCCGAUGCCAUUGCUCGCUUUCAGAGGCUGUUGGGUAAGAAGGUCAUCUUCAUCACUGGCACUGAUGAGCAUGGUGAAAAGAUUGCCACUGCAGCUGCUGAUAGUGCCUCCACACCAGCUCAACACUGUGACAUCAUUUCACAGUCUUACAUAUCACUCUGGAAAAACUUAGAUAUAGCUUAUGACAAAUUCAUUCGAACAACUGAUCCCAAGCAUGAAGCAAUUGUGAAGGAGUUUUACUCAAGGGUUCUUGCCAAUGGAGACAUUUACAGGGCUGACUAUGAGGGACUUUAUUGUGUCAAUUGUGAGGAGUAUAAGGAUGAGAAAGAACUGCUUGAUAACAACUGUUGCCCUACGCACCUAAAGCCAUGUGUUGCACGGAAAGAGGAUAAUUACUUCUUUGCAUUGUCCAAGUAUCAAAAGUCGUUGGAAGAAACUUUGGCAAAAAAUUCGAAUUUUGUACAGCCUUCAUUCCGUCUUAAUGAGGUUCAAAGUUGGAUUAGAAGUGGCCUAAGAGACUUUUCCAUUUCUCGAGCAUUAGUGGAGUGGGGCAUCCCUGUUCCUAAUGAUAGCAAGCAAACAAUAUAUGUUUGGUUUGAUGCUUUACUGGGUUAUAUAUCAGCACUAUCUGAAGAUACGGAGCAACCUGAUUUGGAAAGAGCCGUUUCAUCAGGGUGGCCUGCCUCGCUACACUUGAUUGGCAAGGAUAUUUUACGUUUCCAUGCAGUCUACUGGCCAGCUAUGCUGAUGUCUGCUGGACUAGGCCUGCCUAAGAUGGUGUUUGGCCAUGGAUUCUUGACAAAGGAUGGCAUGAAGAUGGGGAAGUCACUAGGCAAUACAAUUGAACCAAAUGAUUUGGUUCAUAAAUUCGGGUCUGAUGCGGUCAGGUACUUCUUCCUCAGGGAGGUGGAAUUUGGAAAUGACGGGGACUAUUCGGAAGAUCGUUUCAUCAAUAUUGUCAAUGCUCAUCUUGCCAAUUCAAUUGGAAAUCUGCUUAACCGUACUCUGGGACUUCUUAAGAAGAAUUGCCAAUCGACUUUGGUGGUUGAUUCAAGUAUUGCAGCUGAAGGAAUUACAUUUAAGGACACUGUGGAGAAAUUGGUGGAAAAAGCUCGGGUGCAGUAUGGAAACCUCGCGCUAUCAUCAGCUUGUGAGGCUGUGCUAGAGAUCAGCAAUGCUGGAAAUUUAUACAUGGAUGAGCGCGCACCAUGGUCUCUCUUUAAGCAAGGGGGUGCUGCUUCUGAAGCUGCUGCAAAGGACCUUGUGAUAAUAUUAGAAGCAAUGAGGAUUAUAGCAGUUGCAUUAUCACCUGUCACGCCGAGCUUAUCUUGGAGAAUAUAUGGACAGCUUGGCUACUCAAGGGAACAGUUUGAUGCUGCUACCUGGAGAGACACCAAGUGGGGUGGGCUAAAGAGUGGUCAGGUCAUGGCGCAACCUAAACCAAUCUUUGCAAGGAUUGAAAACCCAACGGAAGAGCAAAAUGCGGUUGAAGCACCUAAAAAGACAGUCAAGAAGGACAAGCUACCUCCUCAAGCCAAACGGGUGGUGGAAGCGUAAAGAUUCAAUACUCGAAUGUCUUAUCUACCCCUCGUGCCAUUUUCCAUUUUUCUCCUAAAAAUCGUAUAGGUUCAUAGAUUUCUUUGCAACUUAUUUUGUUAAGGAUUACAAUCA